AUGGUGGUUAUAAAAUGCAGUAAUAAUGGCUUUUUUGCCGUUAUUUGUGAAAAAAUACUUCGUGUUUACGAUUUACGGUAAUGUAGAUUAAAUUAGCAUACUUUUGUGUACUUGGAUGUCCCAUAUUGGGAGAAAAAUAAGUAAAACUGCUUCUGAUAAUAAGCCUUUUUGACAGCUCAGGAGUGGCAGGACCGCAGGGGUUAAAUUAUUAUAAUAAUAAUAAUAAUAAUAUUUAAUAUUUAUAUUGCGCAAAUUAACAUGUUAUAGUAUAUGAUCACAUGUUAAUUUGCGCAAUAUAAAUAUUAAAUAUUAUUAUUAUUAUUAUUAUUAUAAUUUAACCCCUGCGGUCCUGCCACUCCUGAGCUGUCAAAAAGGCUUAUUAUCAGAAGCAGUUUUACUUAUUUUUCUCCCAAUAUGGGACAUCCAAGUACACAAAAGUAUGCGUCAAGAAUUAAUACAAGCAUUUUAAUCUACUGUCGUUUUUACGGGGGGAUUGAAUUUUAGAACUUGAAGGAGAAAGCUACCCCCAGUUCCAUCAAACCACCCCAUCCACACAGGGCUGUAGAUAGACUCGAUAAUUGGGAGGGGGGUGUAUAUUUACAUAUUCAUGUUCACAUACUGUACAAACCCGUUGGGCAGGACACAAAUGUAUGAAUAUGCUCACCCCCCCAAUUAUCAGUUUAGCUACGGCCGUGCGUCCUCAUUUAUAAAGCUCCUAAUUUUGUCUCAAUGAAAUAACAUUUCCUGCAUUCAGACAGUGUUUUUGAACAAAAUUAGAAUUGUUUUAAAACAGCUUUCUAAUGGCAUGUUGAAAAAUAUACAACGAUCAAGUACAGCUAAUUAUUCGAAACAUUUGCCACAAUUUCUUCAAAGCGUAUCGUGAAAAAUAUAAGUACGGGGAAAGAAUGAGUGUCAAAACUCAAUUUGAAGAUUCGCAAAUCUAUCAAUUCUCUUCACUAUAUAGGAAUUCGUCUCUGGUUCAUAAAUUUUCACUCGCCACGGAAGAGUCGACAACCGAUACGGCAGAAUCUAAGGAUGAGGAGAACCAAUUAUUAAACACAACAUUCACAUACGGUUGUAUUUUCUCAAACUCGGGCAAACUUCUAGCGGCAUUUGCUGACGGCAAAGACUUGGUCGUGUUGAGAACAGAAGAUUGGAAACAAAUUGGAAAAAGGUGUGAGAUAUCUCUGGAUUAUCCAAGGAGACAUUUUUCACCAGAAUCCAAGGAGACAUUUUUCAAGUGAAAUCAUAAAUAUUUAAGUGCGGCUUUACAGUAAAAGUCUCGAUAUACCAACUACAAUGAAACAUGCAAUUUCAUUUUCCAUGCAGGAGAGCAUCAUCCACACACACUUGAGAUGUUGCUAGACUUUCGGAAAGCAUAAGAAACACUCACCUGCGGCAUGUCAUGUGUUUCCAAAAGUCUCGCAACAUCCCGCAAGCAUGUAUAACGCUAUCCUGCAUGCAAAAUCAUUUGGAAAAUCAUCCCACAUGCAUUACAACAUUUAUGUUUUGUUAACAGAAAGGUUGCAAAGAGACCAACAGCUGUGUUGUUCACCAACAAAGAAGAUUGUGUUGUGAUUAGCGAUAAGGCCGGGGAUGUUUACAGGUUGGAAUAUGAACUGGAUAUAACACAUACACACCUUAAAUUCAAUUAAAAUCUUGAACGAUCAGUCACAGUGCACCCGGGUACCAGUUAAAGGGUUCCCAAUAAAAGGCGGCAACUUGCAAAUUUCGUUGUCUAUGGCGUAGAUAAUCGCCGGUUGUUUCUUGAAAUAACCCAAAAAUAUUUCCUCCUUAUCACAGAAAUAUGGUUUUGGGAAGGUUUCUUGCUUUUAAAAUAUAAAUUUUCAACAAUAUUCUUCAUUAAAUGUUUGGAUAGUAUAUUUUGAAAGGCAGUUUUCCAUUCAUGCUCAAUUUAUGACUUGUAAUUUUAAUGGGAAACUCUCUCACAUAAAGUGAUUUUCAGAGAGGUUCUGCAUGUAUCAGUUCAUGCUCUUCUUAAUAUUUUCUUAUACUGUAUAAUACUGUAUAAUUUUUUCUAUAUUUUUUGUUCUGCACUGUUUAGCUAUAAAAUUGCGGAAGAAAACGGAUUGUCCAAUGAAUCUCUUCUUCUUGGUCACGUGUCAAUUAUUCUUGAUAUGGUAAAUUGCAAUUUCGAUAUUUUUGAGAGAUGUUUUUUUGUACGUGUUCAAUAGGGUCAUGUACAGUACGUAGUUGUAUCAAUCCACAGCUCUCUCGAAAUUAUUCUUAACGUUUGUCAUUAGGCGAUAUCACGGGAUGAUAGAUACAUCCUCACUGCUGAUCGUGACGAGAAGAUACGUGUUAGCUGUUUCCCCAAUUCCUACAAUAUCAAGUCUUUCUGUCUGGGGCAUACAGAGUAAGGCUAUAUAUAAAUGAUACAACAAGUCAAGUAUUAAAAAGUCCUGAACUAAAUUUAGACAGAAUAGUUCUAUCAGUUAGUCCUAGAGGUCUGGUAAGGUCCAUCAAACUACCGGAGUAAACAUAAACUAACUAGCUUUGUAUACAUAUAUUCAUGUUCGAUUCCCUUUGCGGUAAAGCAAAAUUUUCAGUUUGCCUGGUGUGGUGACGCUCUGAGUAACAUCAGCACAAAUAUAUAAAUUAACUUUUUUUACAUUGGAUAGUUCUAUCAGUUCUAAACUGUUCUCCUUAGAGUCCAGUAAGGAUCAUGUCUUAUUGUCCAGUGUUACUCAGGAGGAAACCUAAACUAACUUUAUAUACACUGGAUAGUUAUAUCAGUUCUAAACUGUUCUCCUUAGAGUGCAGUAAGGAUCAUCUCUUAUUGAUCCAGUGUUACUAUAGGAGAAAACCUAAACUUUAACUUUAUUUACACUGGAUAGUUCUAUCAGUUCUAAAGUGUUCUCCUUGAGAUCCAGUAAGGAUCAUCUCUUCUGAUCUCACGUGCGGAUUUAUCACGAGUCUACUGGUGCAUAUUACAAGGCUUGAUCCCGUUGGUAGACUAGAGGCUCUGCUGCUAUAUUAGUAUGUUUAACAAAUAAUAAUUAUCUCUUUUUAAAGAUACGUUUGGAAGAUUGUCAUCCCCGAAAAAUUGCCGCAAAUUUCGGUGACUGCGUCAGGGGUAGGGCCAGCUUUCUACAACAACCACAUAUUUCGUCAUCACUAGAAAGUACAGUUCAUACUGUAUCGGUCAGCGAAAAAGUGAAGUCAAAUUGUUUUAUGCUUUGCACCUUAGGAUGGUACGCUACGGUUUUGGGACUAUAAACUUGGGAAAACAAUCCAUAUGGAAACGUUUACUAAUGUACAGUCUGAUAAGGUGAUUAAAGGCCGAUUUACACGGCACAAAUUUUGUGCAAAACUGUCUGUCGCAUGUAAACCAGGUCCUGCGUACAACUUUAGUUGAACUGUGUGUAAUUCAAGCGCGCACAACUCACCAGACGACAACGUAAGUGAGUUGUGUGUUUGAUUUACACAGUACAACUCAAGUUGUAAGCAGGUUGCAUGCGACAGUUUUAGGCAAAAGUUGUGUAUUGUAAAUCUAUACCUUAAUAACUCAAAAUACGUUGUGUAUGAUAUAACAUUGUUAAAGUUUCCUAUUUCGAUUUCUCUAGUCAAGCAACGUUGUUUCGUGCUUAACAUGCAGCAGAACAGAAAACAUUGUGUUUGUUGGACUCGAAGGGUAAAACAAACUUUUUCUAAUUCUUAGGUAUUGUUUAUAUGGACAACCAGGCUGGCCCGGUUUUCCGAGAUCUCAAUUGAAUUGAAAAAGGCGAGAUCUCGACUACAUCGGAAUGGAUAUUUCUCCAUAUAGAUACUCAUUGUCAUUGACCGGGAUGCAGGCCCAUUUGCCGCGAUGAAAGCAGAGUGCCCGGGCAAAAACCACGCUGACUUUCGGUAGAGCGUUGACUAAGUCUUUUCAUAUGAGAUAAAAGCAAAAACUGGUUAGAUAUUAAAUGAAAUAAAAUCAACGUUUGAAAGUAGUACAUUAAUCAUUAUAAAACUAGUAGUGAUUGACUAAACAAUUCGUAUUGACAGAGUAUCAUUAUUCUUUCUUGAAGAUCACUGUCGCUGUAUGCUUUCAAAAUAAAUGAAAAAACGACCGUAGAACAGAUUUCGAUUGUUGAUUUAACACUUGAUGGUCCGCCAUGUUGUUUGGCUGUCGACUAUAGCAAUCGUUUGUGGGUAGUUCAGUCCUAUAAAGAACAACCUUUAGUGGUUUUCGAAAUGUCUGCCGAGGGAGGAAUCUAUGAGGUUUGUCUUCAAAGCAUUGGAUAACUCUAUCAGUUCUAAACUGUUUUCUGUAGAGGUAUAGCAUAAUCUUAACUUUUUUACUGGAUAUAGCUCCAUCAUGCAGUUCUAAACUGUUCUUCCUAGAGGUCUAGUAAGAAUCAUCUGUUAUUGAUCCAGUGUUACUACAGACUAACAGAAGGAAACCUAAACUAACUUUAUUUAUACUGGAUGGCUCUAUAUCAAUUCUAGACUGUUCUCUGUGAAGCUCCAAUAAAGGAAUUUAUAUAGAAGUGCUUAAAAGUGCUUUUUUGAUAUUUUCUGAAAUUGUUUGACAUUAAAAAUCGGACGGUAGUUGAUUUUGUUGAUAUCUUACAAACUCGAAAGGUGGCAUUUGAACGGUUUUACGAACCCUGUAUUACGACAUUACUCACAUUACUAUAUACGUUAAUUUAAUUUUGUCAUGUUUCAGUUUAAGAGGCAAUCUAUGAGUUCACUUCUAACAGCAGAAGACGUGGAUCUUAUUUAUGGUUUGUAUAUAUGUAACUCAUGUAAGCUUUAGACUCCAUAGCCAUAACUGUAUCACUUCCAAACUGUUCUUUCUAGAGAUGCAGUAAGAGUCAUCUGUUAUUGAUCCAGUGUUACUACAGGAGAAAACCUAAACUAAACCAACUUUAUUUGUACUGGAUAGCUCUAUCAGUUUUAAACUGUUCUUCCUAGAGGUCCAGUAAGAAUCAUCUCUUAUUGAUCCAGUGUUACUACAGGAGGAGACCUAAACUAAACUCUAUCUAUACUGGAUAGCUUUCAGGUGUAUAAACCAUUAAUUAUUAUCUUUUAACAUCAAUGUCUAUCUUUUUACUUUAUAUACAGAGGGCACAAAAAACCGUCCAUGUUUACUGAAUCUGAAAAAGAGCAAAGCAGACCCGGGCAGCUUGGAUUAUUUCGACAGAAAAAGAGAUCGUAUCGAAGCUAAACGGAAAAAAGACGGAACUGAAUUGGAAUCGAAGAAAAUUAAAACUUGA